AAACACAAAGUAAAUGGGGAAAUUUAAACAAUCCAAAGAUUUAAAGAAACCAAAAAUAAGAAACGCAAAUCACAUUUCUUUGCAUUUAACGUUGUAGCUCUUUGUCAUAUUUUGAAAUGAUAGUAAUUUUGAGUUGCAGUUAUUGCUGGAUGGUUUACGAUUCACAUUUCUUUGUGCUUUAAUUAAAAGACAAAAUGAAUCCCAUAUGAACCCACCCAGUGAGCAUGAUUGUGUAAUAAUGCAAACCUCAUGGUGGUGCUAGAGGAACGGUCAGAAGAUCAUAAAAGUCAGUAGGAUUCAUCCUCUGGCCUGAGUGAACAAUGUCCACAAAGUUGGAGUCCUGUUCAUGAAAGGUGCACAGAAACAUAUACCAGUAUCCAUGGCAACAGAUCAUUUAGGGUCAUGAAAUAUCAUAUAAUCCCUGGCAUGUCAAAGGGCGCCUAUCCAGCUUUGGGUCCCCAGAAACAUCAAAUACCCCCAUUGUUGAUGAGGUUGUUUACAUGUUAGUUCUUGGUGGAGAGUUUAAUGAGAUCCAUAGAGGGUGAAGAAAUCUGAUAAAAACAAUCCACAGAGCCGAACAGUUCACUUUCUGAAUUCUGAAGGUCAACACACACCGAGAGCAGGCAAUUAUAAAUCAAACAAUCCAAAACAGGUUGUAUGUAAUGGUCAAGGUGCGACUUUUUCUUUUCCAUUUUAUUGAUGAAUGCCUGUUACAUAAUUAGUCUGUUUCAUACACUAACAUUUAUUUUUUAAUAAUCUGAAUGGAUGAUGAAUUAAAUGCAACAUUUAUAACCCUUGGUGGGCAUGUGGAGGUGCACAGAUACAGAUUUCUUUAUUUUGUGAUUAUGUUCAUAGUAUAUAUUCUAAUACUCUGCAGCAAUUUAACCAUCAUAUGCCUUAUUUGGAUUCACCGAAACCUCCAUGAGCCUAUGUACAUUUUCAUUGCAGCUUUGUUAUUGAACUCUGUUCUUUACAGCACUACUAUCUACCCAAAGCUUCUGAUUGACUUUUUAUCAGACAAACAGAUCAUAUCUUAUUCAGCCUGUCUCUUUCAAUCUUUUCUGUAUUACUCUCUAAAUGGUUCAGAAGUCUUACUGUUGGCAGCCAUGGCCUAUGACAGGUAUGUAUCUAUAUGUAAACCUCUGCAAUAUGCAACUAUCAUGAGAAAAACCACUGUCAAUAUUCUCCUAAUUUUUGCCUGGCUUCUGCCUGCUUGUCAGAUUGCAGUACCAGUAGCCUCUAGUGCUAAUACCAAACUCUGUAACUUUACUUUGAAAGGAAUCUUUUGCAACAAUUCAAUUUACAAACUUCACUGUGUGAGUUCAAGAGCACUAUCUGUGUAUGGUGUGAUUGUUUUGUUAAAUGUCACACUUUUCCCUGCGCUUUUCAUACUUUUUACAUACACACGGAUAUUUAUAAUAACCUACCAAAGUUGUAGAGAAGUCAGGAUAAAAGCUGCACAGACCUGUUUUCCUCACCUGUUGAUUUUGGUAAUAUUUUCCUGUUUGUUUACAUAUGAUGUCAUUAUAGUUAAACUGGAAUCUGAUUUUCCAAAAACUGCACGUUUUGUAAUGACUUUACAAGUGGUUUUGUAUCAUCCUCUCUUGAAUCCAGUCAUAUAUGGACUAAAAAUGAAAGAGAUUUCUAAACAAAUCAAGAGGUUGUUUUGUCAAGACAAACUGAACUAAUAUAUCGACAAAGAUUACUGAUGAGCGGUCAUUUCUUCUGUAAUAAUCAUGCAGAUAUGUGAUUUCUGUGAUUCUUGGAAGGAUUUGUUUCCAUAACACUAAUGCACAGUAAAGAGCAACAUCAGCUUCAGCAGCGUAAUGACUAAUGACUAAGAAAUUGGCUGUGGUUUUUCAAAAAUGCUGAACUCCAGCAACACUAAAUAAAGAACUUUACUGUGAGACGCUUUCUGCUUGUAGCCUUUAUCAGGGUGACUUUGCAAACACAAAAGAAAUGUUUUAUUCUGGUGUCACAUGUGAGUUUUCCAGUUUGUUUUGAUUAACUGCAAGAAACAUUACUCUGUUACCAGUAAUGUUUUUGAUAUUAUUAUCAUUGUUUCUGGGUGUAUUGUUGUUAAAGUUCAUAAUGGUCAUAAAGUGAAUAUCUCAACAUUUUAAACCAACAGCCUUGAAAGCAAGAGCAUGUGCUCCAGACUGUAAUUUGGUACAAAUUUUAUUAAAAUCAAUAAACAUGUUGUUACUGUGAAACAAUAAUAAUUAUUUUAAUGCUAGUGAUUUAAAGAGGGUGAGCUUAUGUCUCGUCUCCCUCAUGGGUUAAACUAACAUCAUUAAAAUGUCUAUUUUGCUUUUAUUUUGUCCUUCUCAUUUUAAAAAAAGUCUUAUUUCUCUCUGCCUGCUUGUCACGUUGCAGUGCCAAUUGUGCUAAAUGUUAAAAACAAACUCUGUAGCUUUAUUUUGAAGGGUAUUAAUUGUAGCAAUUCAACUAACCAUCUUUACUGUGUAAGUUCAACAGCACUAUCUCUAUAUGGUGUAGUUGUUCUAUUUAAUGUUGCACUUUUCCCUACGGUCUUUAUACUUUUUACGUACACAAAGAUACCUAUAAUAUCCUAUCGAAGUUGUAGAGAAGUCAGGAAAAAAGCUGCACAGACCUGUUUAUCCCACCUGAUGGUUUUAAUCAACUCUUCUCUUUUGCUUACAUAUGAUAUUAUAAUAAUUAGACUGAAAUCUGACUUUCCAACGGUACGUUUUGCAAUGACUUUGCAAAUGAUAAUGUAUAAUCCUCUCUUUAAUCCAAUCAUGUAUGGACUGAAAAUGAAAGAAAUUUCUAAACACCUCAAAACGUUGUUCAAUCAGAUCAAAGUGAACUAAUGCGUCAACACUAAUUUACUCAUUUACUGUCCUUUCUAUUGUAAUAAUAAUGAAUGAAGAGAUGUGAGGUGAUGAUGUCAGAUUUUUGGAAGGUAUAUAAUGUAAGGAGUCAUUUCUAUGACUAAAGCACAAUAAAGAGGAGGACCAGCUUUAACAUACUGAUACAUUUGUGGCAGUUAUUUAAAUAUACAACACAACAUUUUUAUUCUGUUUAGUGAUUACACUUUUCAUUUUUACUAAAAAACAAACCUUGCUGCAUUUAUAUUAGUAGCGUUGUUGUCCGUAUGUGUGUUGAUUAAAUUAAUUUGAAAUGCCAGCCAUGAACAAGAAAAUGCUUUUCUUUUUUCUUUGGUAGUGUUACAGUUUCUGGUGCUUCAGUUCAAAGUGGGGAGUUCAAAUUGUAUAAAUAUUGGACUAAUGCCUGUCUACAUGUUAUUAAGAGCACAGACCAUUAUUCACAAUCCUAAAUGAACAGUAAAUAAAUCAUACUGGAAAUAUGUGUAAUGUAGGAGUUCACUUUUAAAUGAAAAUCUACAAAAUAAUUCAUUAAAUUCAGUGGCAGCUCUCAGUUUGUAUUAGAUGGACUUUUCCGCCUUGUUUGUGAUCUUUUCCGCCUUGUCUGUGCUCAGGCAGAACCUGUGUGUUAGUGGCAUUUUGUUUUCAUCCAAAUCAAAUUGAACAACUCUGACAAUUGUGAUUAUGUUGGCCAGAGAAUUAAAGAAAGAAGCUGAUGUUGGGUGGCCCAGUGGCCAGGGUUUAGGCGCAAACCAUGAACCGCAAUGUCGCUGGUUGAGUAUCAAUGAAGGCAAAAAGAACCCCCAAAAAUACUCAAAAAAGAAAGAAAUGUGUGCUGCUACUGGAUCGCAGCAGCCACGUCCUGCUCUGGUUGGGCCGCAACCUCCUGAACACUCUGUGCUGGAGCAGUCACAUUAUCCCCCUGAGCUGCAGCACCCUUCUUUCCCUGCUGAGCUGCAGCAGUUCCCUGAACUUUCUAUGCUGCAGCAAUCCCCUGAACUGCAUUACUCUUCUAUGCUGCAGCACACAUCCUGCCACUGCUGGAUCGCAGCAGCAAUCUCCUGAUCCACCUUAGUGGCAGCCUCCUGGUUCCCUGGCAUCACUGGUUCUGCCGGCUCCUCUGCUAGUCUCUCCAUCACCAGCUUCCUGUCCUGCUGCCCUGUCGCCAGACCCCGAUCUUGUUCUCCGGCCACACCGCCAGCCUCUGGAAGGGUUCCAUCUUUGCCGCCGGCCUCCAGAGAGCUUAUGUCUUCCCCGCUGGCCUCCAGGGAGCUUCUGUCUUCGCCGCCGGCAUUCCGCCAGACCCCUGGCGUCCUUCGGUCUUCACCAUGGGCAUCCCGUCAUACCUCCAGAUGGUUUCCGUCUUUGUCGCCAAUCUUUAGUCCGGCCUCCGGAGGGAUUUCGCCUUUGUUGCGGACCACAUGACCUGCUCCGUACUUCUGGUCAUCACUUGGACCUACUCAGCCCAUCAGCCCUACCUUGCUCUGCUCUUCUGUCCACCCCCGGGCCGUCCGCCUGAGAUCUUCCGCUUGGCCCUUGAAUCCCUCCUCCGGACCCCUUUCACCCACCCUGAUUUCCCUGCUCACCACUGGACUUGUUUUUUUGUUUUAGACUGCUUGCCUGCUCGUCAUUUGUAUUGGUUUACCCAUGUAGGACUGCCUGACAUCUGCGUAAGCCUUUCAUGUUUCUUUUCAUUAAAUUACUGAACUGCA